AUGGCUGACAGCUGCUGCUCCGGAACCCGUGUUCCUGCUGCGUCCACCAGGUCCAUCUGCUCCAGCGACAGGAGCUAUGGCAGCCGGGUCUGCAUGCCCAAUGCUCGCACUGACCCCUCCUGGGAGGUGGACGACUGCCCAGAGAGCUACUGCGAGCCCUCCUGCUGUGCCCCCACCUGCUGCCAGUCCUCCUGCUGUGUCCCCACUUGCUGCCAGUCCUCCUGCUGUGUCCCCACCUGUCAGUCCUCCUGCUGUGCUCCAGCCUCCUGCCUGACCCUCAUCUGCAGUCCUGUGAGCUGUGGGUCUAGCCCCUGCCAAUCAGUCUGCACCAGCUCCUGUGGGCCCUCCUGCUGCCAGCCUGCUUGCUGCACAUCCUCCCCCUGCUGUGUGCCCAUCUGCUGCACACCAGUGUGCUGCAUGCCUGUGUGCUGUAAGCCUGUCUGCUGCACAUCUGUCUGUUGUAUGCCCGUCUGCUGCAAGCCCGCCUGCUGUAUGCCCGUCUGCUGUGGGGCCGGCCCCUGCUCCUCCUCCUCAUGCUGCCAGCCCUCUCCCUGUGGCCCCCCCUGCUGCAAACCCUCCUCCUGCAUGUCCCUCAUCUGCCAACCCGUGUGCAAGCCCGCCUGCUGUGCCCCUGCCUCCUCCUCCAUGUCCCUGCUCUGCAGCCCUGCAUGUCCCCGCCUGGCCUGCUGUGGCACCUCGUCCUGCCACGACCCCUGCUGCUGA